GCUCCUGUCCCGCUCCACCCCGCCCUUCUCCAGAGAAGGGAAUGGACGGAGCGAGACAGGAGAGGCUUUCAACUUAGCGUGGAGCAAGAUCUUCCUAGCUCGAAUCCGGAGGUGGCGGCUGCGAAAUGACCAAUACAGCUAGAUACCAUUACUGGCCCCUUCACCCCCUUUCUGUCCUCGCAACUGCACGAGGAGGUCUCAGCCGACUCUCGCCGCGGCUGCACGAAGGCGACCGGAGACUUCCUACGAUGUGUGGUCAUGGAAGGCGUCGGCAAGGGAGCGUGCGUAAGCUGCUACUGUGGCAGCGGAGCACCCGACACCUCCUUUCGGAAGCUGGAGGAGGAGAACGCCCCCCCAGCAGCUCAAGCCUCUCGCUGCCGGGCAGGGUGCUAACAUGUCCUCCCUCACACUUGGUUGCCCGCCCACACCUCUACCUCGAAACCACGUCGAUCCCACCCCGGAGCCAUCCACCGUGGUGGGUGACGGGAGUGGAGAACACCAUGACGUGUUGCCGUCUAUUUGGGGCCCCCGAGGGGAGAGACACCUGUGCUUCUAAGUGGCUGAUGCUGAUGUGGGCGUCGGACAAGUAUUUGCACCAUCUCUAUAGUGCGAACGGAGAACGCAAGACAAUGAUAUCGUCCAACCCGACUCGGACUCCUCCGAGUGCCGUCGCGGAGGCGUUCCAUCGUGUCCCUCUCUUAUUCCUAGGAAGAAAAAUCGAAAAGCCGCUGCGUCGAGAGUUAGAUGACUGGCACUUUUCGCAAGAUAAUUACGAAGAUCCGUAGUAGCUUGUAACCUAUACUUGUGCAUGGCACCUAUGCUUCUCCGUACCGGCUCGAAGGGGAGGUGACUUAUAGGUAUCUACGGCUCUUUUAUAAAGGAAGCAAUGAAACGCACGGGCGAGUUAGUCGGGACGGUAGGUGAAUCUCGGCCCCGUUCGCGGAUGAGGCCUAGUUAGUAUAGCACCCUCUAGGUAGUUAGUAUAGUACAUUGUGUUUUUAUUUACAAUGGUGGCUCUCCAACCCC